UAUAAACAGCCCUUGACAAGCACUUGCAAAAAUUGCCGAUGACAGAAGAAGCAGCAAGAACGAAAAUUUUCUGACGACAGGAAAAAACAGAAAAAAUGGAUCUCUCGGCCACUUCCAGGGAGGAUCCAUUUUCUGCGGACAGUCUUUUCUCCCAGCAGGACCUCCCGCUCGUGCCAAAUGAGAACCUCGAGUCAUACUGUCGCUUGUGCCUCACGACGCCCGACGUUGAGCCCGUGUUUCCAAUGGGAAGUGAUCCGAAUAUUUACGCACUGGAAUUGAUCGGAAAAUAUAUUGGCAUCGAUCUGACCAGCCAGGAAGAUAUCCGUUGUGCCAUCUGUCGGCCAUGUCAGCUUAUCCUCGACCAGUUUGAUUUGUUCCGGCAAAAUUGUUUGAAGGUUGAUAUCGCCAUUAGACGGAGACGAUUGGGGCUGGAUAAGGUGGUGAAAAAUGAACCACUGGAUGAUAUGGACGGGGAGGAUGGGGAAGAGCCGGCGUACAUCCGUCUGGCGGAUCGGCACUAUCAGUGCCGAAUAUGUGCGGAAGUGUUUCCAUCGCUGACCGUAUUCAUGAAUCAUUGUAAGGAGCUUCAUCCAGACGAUGCAAAAGUUUUUAAAUGCAAAUAUUGUACCAAAUCGUUUAUGACCAAGACGGCACGAUUGCAGCAUAUCCGGUCUCACCAACCUAACAAUGCGCAGGAAAUGGAUAUGAACAGCGAUCGGAUUCAGGUUUGCGAAAAAUGUAUGGCCACCUUCGAUUCCUACAAAUUGUUGAAAAUACAUCUUAAAGAUCAUACCAACGAUCCUAAGCAGGAUCCUCUUACAUGUACUACUUGUCAGAAACAGUUCAGUAGAAUUACGAUUCUUCGUAAUCAUAUUCUUCGUGUGCAUUUGGGUAAACUUCCACACGUUUGUAAGCAUUGCGGUAUUAGUUUUGGCUACAGCCGACAACUUCUUGUUCAUCUGCAAAGCGAACAUGGAGUUAUAAUAUCAGGUCCUGAACUGAUGAAUCAAUCUGGUCAAUCGUUGAAUGAAGAUGACGAGCAAGAGGAGGAAAAUCAAUUUGUACCUCCUGCACCUGUAGUAGAGCCACCACGAGAAGUAACUCCUCCGCCGCCAUCAACCCUACCUCAGGCCACGUACAGUAGGAAGAAAUCCGACUACAUGUGCAGUGAGUGCACCGCCUAUUGUUCCACCCAGGAAGAGCUAAGAACACACCGCAAGCUUCAUCAGGAUCCGAGCUGGUGGAAGUGCAUCCACUGUCGCAAUUUCGUCAAACACCAGAAGAUGCACCUGAUGAAGAAGCAUCCCUCGAUCGAUGCGGACGAUGUCGAUGCGGCCUUCCAGUUGCGCUACCGUUGCUGGCUUUGUCGAGUCUACUUCAAGUCACUGCAGCAGAUGGAACAGCACGUCACCAGUCGGCAUCAGGUUGUACUACCGAACAGUACUCAUCAGGUAGACCACGAGUUACCGAAGCAACAACAGCUUACGGCAUCGGAAAUGCAGCAGUCAUUGCUACCGGUGAUGGCGGUACCACCAGCUCAAUCGCUUCCUCUAGUACAGCCACCACCAGUACCGGCGGUGGCGGCGGCACCAGCACUACCGACAUUACCAAUGAUGACCGCUCAGCCGCCAAUGCCGAUUGGAGCGGAACAUUUGCCGUUGCUGCUGUCGCAGCUCGAGAAUGGAGCCUGGGAUUAUCUCAGAGAUAUGGCAAGGUUCCUGAACCCGGACAACUUCCCCGCGUUCUCCGUAAAGGUCAAGGAUGAACCUGCGGAACCGAUGGAUACAUCAUCGAUGACGACAACUAGCGACGUCGUCGAUCUGUCGGCUACGAGCGAACACCGAUCGGCAAACAACAGCUCGACCGCCUUGUCCGUAUACGACGUCUCGAUCAAGGACGAUCCGGAUCAGCUGGAUGAUCUGGAAAAUGACUCGGAGGAUGAAACGUACAUUCGUUUAGAGAACCGGUUCUACCAGUGCCGUGUUUGUUCGGAAACAUUCCGCCAUCUGCUGCAGAUUCGCAAGCAUACUAAGGCCCAGCAUCCAUCGGAGUGGAAGAGCUUCAAGUGCGAUCAAUGUAAGCGACGUUUCCCGUCGGCAGCGACCCGUGAUCGUCAUACCCAUUUCCAUACUCUCAAUCAUCCGUUCAAAUGCACUGAUUGUGAUCAGAUGUUCGAUUCGAAGAAACGAAUCGAUCAGCACUUUGCCAUGUUCCACGAUAUAAACUCCAGCAGUUUCACCAUCGAUCGCAUACAGUGCGAACCGUGCAAUUUGUGGUUUGUUGAGAAAAGGUAUUACGAUCUGCAUUCAAGAAUUUUCCAUCAGCGAAAACCGCAACGAUUGAAGAAUCUAACUGACACGAUACAGGUUUGUGAGAGAUGUUUGGCCACUUUCAACUCUCGUGAGCAGUUGGUGGAACAUAUUAAAAAAGUUCACGUCUCCGAUCCUCCUUUGAAAAACCCUGAAUGUCCCCGCUGCUCGAAAGAUCUUAAAACGAUGACCCUGCUCCGAAUCCAUCUGCUAGUCGUCCAUCUGGGCAUGCUACCGUUCGUCUGUCAGCAUUGCAGUGCCGCAUUCGCCACUCGCCAUUGGCUGCUGAAACACAUCGAAAAAGAACACACCGAACAUCCUGUCUUCAAUUGUCCCUCCUGUGAUGAAACAUUCACCGACGAGCAGAAGCGUAACAAACAUGAAACGGAAGCGCAUCCAAAACCCCCAACACCGCCGCCGCCGCCACCACCACCACCACCACCGCCGCCGCCACCCCCUCCAAAACCACCUGCGCAACCACAAGCAAAAGCGAAAGUAGUAAACUCCUUUUCCGGUUCGGUUCCCUGCACAAAGUGCGACAAAAAAUUCGACUCGAAAGAAAAUCUUGAAAAGCAUAUUGUUAAGGCUCAUCCCGCAUUCAUGUUGCUGUACAAAUGUCCACUUUGUGUGAAACCGAUUCGCUACCGCAAACAGCACAUGCGCGUUCAUCACGACGUUGAGUAUGACUCGAAGGAGCAUCAUUAUCAGACCCGGUACAAAUGUCACUGCUGUGCCAAGCUCUUCAAGCAGAAACGCAACCUAACUAACCAUCUUGGUACGAUGCAGUUCCAGUGCGAACAUUGUAUGAUGCGUUUCAAGACAAAGAAACAACUUUCAUCUCAUUCGGCCGUACAUCGGACCAGUCGCACACUCAAGUGCGCCGAUUGUGGUCUGGAGUUUGGUUAUCCGGCAAGGUUACAAGUUCAUCGCGAUCGAUUCCACAGCAGCACCUCAACUGAAGUACUAAGACUGCACUACUGUCCGUAUUGUCCUAAGAUUUUCAUGAGUUUGUCAAAUCGAGAGCGCCAUAUUGGCGUCACCCAUCCACAGAAUGAUUUCCAGGUACGGUGCGGUCAUUGUGAUCUGCAAAAGACCGAUAGCGGAUCGCUACGAAAGCACUACAAAACAGAUCAUCCAAAUGAUCGGGUAACAUUCAAGUGUGCCGAGUGUGAUAAAGUCUAUUUGAACUUGUCCAGCUAUAAGGAUCAUUUGAAGAAGCAUACCGCUACGAAGGCGCUGGAGGAGGGUACCGCCAGUGCAUCAACGACGACGAACGGAGAAGCAAACACUUCCCUAGUGAAGGGAGCGAAGGGUUCGGGCGGAUCUACUGCAACCGUAAACUUGCCGGCGGCUGGAAUAGUUCCAGAGACGGAUAUAAAAGUAGAGAGUACUGUGCUAAUGCCAUCUGAUGUUUCAACAGAAGCAAAGAACGUGGAAGAAUCUGAUAUAAAGAAAGAGGUAAUGAACCAAUCUGAUUUAACGAUCGAUACCAAUGAAAUGAACGUGCUGGCAGAGAAGAAGAACGAUCAAGCAGUGGAGGAGCUGCAGAAAGUGGAUAACUCGAGCGAUCAAAAUAAGAAUGAUGAAGCGCAAAUGUCUGUUGAUAUUAAGCAAAAUCAGAUAAACGAAAUUGAAUCUACGACAUCAACGCCGGAAGUAGCGGUUGACGAUAAAACCACAGUUCAAGUAGCUAGUACAUCGUGUGUUGAGCCACAAGUGGUCGAUUCUGUUGCAGCUACUGCAACAGUGAUUAAUAAAGUAGUUUCUGAAGAAGCAAUUGAUGAAAGCAAAGUAGAACCUGUUGUCGAAACUAUAAAACAAACUACACAGGUAGCUCCUGAAACAGUGACUGAAACUACGGUUAUCGAACCUAUUCAAAACACUGCAACGGAAACAAUGAAGGAUGUAACUGAUACAGUAGCUACAUCCGCAGAGAAACCAAAAUUGGUGGAAUCAAUAGCAAAUUCUGCAGAGGAACCAACGUUGGUAGAAUCCGUUGCAGAUACUGCAACGGAAAAAGUAAAAGAAAUUUCUGAACCAGCAACUUCCCCUUCAGUAGAAGCAGAUGUUAUCGAUUCAGCUGCAACUGCAGCCACAGAAGCAAUUCCAGAAGAGAAAAAGUCCCCUGUCGCAGUCGACGACAAACCGGCAGAGGUUACAACUGACAAAGGUAUAGAAGAAACCGUUCCAGUAGACAAGGGGCCAGCCACAAUCACGAAAGAGGAACCCAUUGCGACAGAUACGAAUGAAAUCAAGGUCGGCGCAGGAAUUCAAUCCAUGGAAACCGAAUCGGACAAGGAAACGAAACCUGACGCGCAAGAAUCAAAGUCGAUAUCCGUGGAGUCAAAUUGUACUGAGAAGACGGUGGUUAAGCAGCCCAAAGAGCAAAACUCAGGCCAUACUGUAGAGGAACCGGCGGAAAAGUCACCCAAGAGUGAUGAGUCGGAGGAGAAAAGAAAAGGUGGCGCAUCCGAGAAAGUCGAACCGGAACCGGUUACGCUCGCUGUCAGAUCGAGAUCGUCGAUGCGAUUGGCCAGAGCAAAAGCCAACUCGGAGCCGCCUGGUGGGGGUUCUGCAGAGAAACCACCAGCCAAGCGGAUGAAGACCGAACCACCGUCGGCAGGCGAAGCUUAGGCUGACUCGUAAGUAUUUAAACAGAAAAGGUGAAAAAUCAUAUGUUAGUAGUUUAUGUCGAAUUUCGUCUUAAAGUUUAAUGAGUGUAUUCGUAAAAUAUCAAUAAAUCGUAGUGUGGUAUC